AUGGCUGGUGCUAUUUCAAAAUAUAAUACCAUUUUAAAAUAUAAUAGAAACUUUAUUCAACCUGUGUCAUACUUUAUUGAAAAUGGAUUUCAUAAAUACAGUACAGCCGAAACUAAAAAUCAAUAUGACAUAAUAAUAGCAGGAGGAGGAAUGGUUGGCACAGCAUUCCUUUUAGCACUGGCAAAUGAUGCAAGGCUUUCGAAUAAGCAAAUUUUACUGCUUGAAGGUGGUCCAAAAUAUGCUAAAAAGGAACUUUCUAACUACUCAAACAGAGUAUCGGCUAUUAACAAAGGAUCUUCUCAAUUGUUCAAAGAUAUCAAUGUGUGGGAUAAAAUUAGAAGAAAGAAAGCAGUAAAUGAUAUGCAGAAACUCCAAAAACCAACAUAACAAUUUUAAAUAAAGCAAAAGUAAAAAAUCUAAAAUUGGCAAAAGAGAAUACUAAAAAUGAAGUUGAAUUGGAAACUGGAGAGAAAUUCACUU